CGUUAUUUCACUUACAUUACAAAACCCCCCCAUCGUUCUCACUGGUGCUCUCUGUGUCAAACCCUAGCUUCAUCGCCGCCAUCCGUACAGCAAAAAACCUCUCCAACAAUGGCGGCAACUAACUCCGAUCACAAUCAAACAGAUGCCGCCGUUAAAGACGUUCGUAUCUCUCGUAUUUCAUCGUCAAUUCGCGUCAUACCGGACUUCCCUAAGCCAGGGAUCAUGUUUCAGGAUAUUACGACGAUGUUGCUUGAUCCGGUGGCGUUUAAGGAUACGAUUGAUUUGUUUGUUGAGAGGUAUAGAGAGAAAAAUAUCUCUGUUGUUGCCGGUGUUGAAGCAAGAGGGUUCAUAUUUGGUCCUCCUAUUGCAUUGGCUCUUGGCGCGAAAUUUGUUCCCAUCAGAAAACCCAACAAGUUACCUGGAGAGGUUAUAUCAGAAGAAUAUUCCUUGGAAUACGGGACCGACAUAAUGGAGAUGCAUGUUGGAGCUGUACAGAAGGGUGAACGUGUACUCGUAAUAGAUGAUUUAAUUGCAACCGGUGGAACCUUGGUGGCUGCAAUCAAGCUACUUGAGCGGGUCGGAGCGGAUGUAGUCGAGUGUGCUUGUGUCAUUGAAUUAGCUGACCUGAAGGGUCGGGACCGGCUAGGUGACAAGCCGCUAUUUGUGCUCGUAAGCUCGACUUGUUGAAUUAUUUCUUGAACAUUUUAAUUAUUGUUCGGCCUGAAUGGUUUCCGGGGAUGGCAUUGAAGGUUUCUAAGACCCCAUUCCUGACGUAUCGUAGCUUGUAUUAUAAAGAGAUUAAUUAAUAUCACAAUGCUUUUCAUUCGGGUAUGCUACUUUCGGCUGGUGGUUAUGAACCGUGUAAGACUUGUAUUUUUAAUUUUUAAGUUUUAUUCAUGGCCAUGUUAUGUCUUCUUA